AUGAGUCCUUCAAAUGAAACUAUGGGUUCUCAAUAUUUCGUCUCUGUUGGUCACCAUGGUAGUGAUUCUUACUCAUCUAUCAAUACAAAUUCAGCAAGAGGGUUUGAUCAAUCUCAGAACAGACCACCAGGACCUCCUCCUGCACUAAUUCAUGGUGCUUUAGGUAGUCCUUACACUUACAGAAGAGAUCCAUUAUGCUACACACCACCUCCAUAUGGUGCAUGUAAUGUUCCCCCAGCAAGUAGUGUUACUGCGAGUAGCAGUAGAACUGGUACAACAAGCGGUGGUCCACGUGAAUCUGUGAAGUCUAGACGUGAUCAGUCAGCCCCUGCAAUGAGGCACAGUAACUCGGGAAAUGGAGAUGGAACUGGCAACGGGAGUGGUACUGAGUUAUUCAAUCAGCAGCUAAGCGGCAUUGGUUCUGCACUUCACACCAAUACACCUGUCGAGACAAUAUCACAUGGUGGUGAUCUUACUUCCAAUGGUGGUAUUGUGUAUUUAGGUGAAAUGUACAGACCACUUUCUCCACAGAAUUCCAGCAUAUUUCAAAGUGAAAAUCGUGGUCAUAGUUCAGUCACCACUACUGGUAGUGGUAGUUCGCGUGAUAGGCAAUCUCAUCAGUAUUUCCUCAAUGAAAUACAAUCUCACCAUAGUGAAUGUCAAGCAUUUGUACAAAGAACUCAUCAGCCAUCACUUCAUAAUUCUGUUCAAAAUAAUUCUAGGCGUUCGAAAAUCUCAUCUCAUCGUCAUCAUCAUCGUUUAAAACACCAUAAGUCAACUGAUCCGAAUCGUACUAUUUCAAGUGGUUCGCAUACUCCAAAUAGUUCACGAUCUGGUGCUUUAUCUGUACUGCCACACAGAACAGGCGAUGUACACGAACAAAUUAUUAAUCAGUCAUCAUUGUCCACUACAACAACCAUCCCCAGUACUACUGCACCAUCUAACCACCAGCCAAUAAUAUUCCCUGUACAGUUGUAA